AUGGCUCAGAGUCAGGUGAAAGACUCGGACAUUUUAGUCCUCAUUGCAGCCAUUCAGAGCUCGAUUGGUCCUAUCCAGGUCAGUUACAAGCCCAACUCACCAGAGGAUCAAUACCAGUACCUCGCUAAAUGGCGUGUGAAGGUCGACGCCGAGAAGGUGGCCAAGCAGCUGGGUAUGAGCCUGUCGACCAUCCCGCCCAAGUUCACCGCCAUCCGCAAGCGGUAUAACAUCGACAUCAAAGUCGUCAAUUCCGGUGCUUUGCAACGAAACCGACCCAACGGCAGUCCGAGGAAGAGACAGGCUGCCAUCGGGUCUGGGGUGGCCAGAUGUGUCCACCCUCGAGCCCAGCUGCAGGCUCAUCAUACCGUUGCAGUUGCAGAUCCAGGCGAGAUGUAUGCGAGGCCUGGAGUCGAGCAGGCUAGUCAGGCGCCAUGA